AUGUCAAACGACUUGUGGGUGGGCCCCCGGAGACCCCACCGGCUCCGGGGGCCCACCUCGGCCGCGUACCCCAGCCCCGGGCCCAAGUACAGGAUCGCCGGCAGCACCGGCAAAGACCAGCGCGACCCCUCCGGACGCCGCGCCCCCGCCUACAGCUUCGGGAUGAAGCUGGGGGGCCCCGAGGAGCCGCGCUCCCCCGGCCCCCAGUACCUGGUGCCGGCCGGCUUCACCGCCCGGGGCCGGGAACGCGGCCCCGCCUUCACCAUGGGCGGCCGCCCCCGGGAGCGGCGGGCCAGCAACACACCUGGGCCAGCGUAUUAUUCCCCGGAGCAGGCCAACAGGGUGACCCUGCCCUCGGCCCCCGCCUGCUCCCUGAGGUCCCGCGGCCGCCCGGACAAACCCCAGCAGACGCCAGGCCCUGCCACCUACCAGCUGCCACCCGUGGUGGGCCCCCGCCUAGUGAACAAGACAUCGACCCCCCAGUAUAUCAUGACAGGGCGAGGCCCCAGCAUCUUCGAUGACAAUAAACAGACCCCAGGACCCAACAAAUACGGCACCGUGGACACCAACUUGUACAUGGCACGGGCCCCCCGCUGCACCAUAGUGGGGCGGACCCGCCUGUGCCUGACCUCCAACACACCCAGCCCCAGCGACUACUACCCCAAGCCGGACCAGAAAAAAGGACAGACCUUUGGUGUGCGCCACUCGGAAAGCGUGGUCCCCAUGAUGGACUUGCACCUGUAG